AUUCCAAAGAUGAAUCAUACGACUAAAGACGAGCGUUAUGAAGUUGAAUAUUUGGAAACGCCCGUUAUAUCAGAGAAUGACGAUCUAAAAUAUAGAGUUAUCAGAUUACCAAAUGGUUUAACAGCUUUGCUGAUAUCUAGUAGAGAGGAAAGAAAUGAUACAAGCAAAGAUGGUUGCAAAAAAGAUGAAUGCAACAAAGAAGAUAAUUCCUCAGUUGAACAAAUUGACAUAGAUAACUGGCAGGCAGAAUGCAGCUUGUGUAUAGGAGUAGGCAGUUUCAGCGAUCUACCAGAAAUUCCAGGCAUAGCACAUUUCCUUGAGCAUAUGGUUUACAUGGGAUCCGAAAAAUAUCCUCAAUACGAUUUUCAUGAAUUUAUUAGUAAACAUGGUGGAUAUACUUUUGCUUUAACAGAACACGAGCAUACAAAAUUUAUCUUUAGUAUCCAAGACAAACACCUGUUACCAGCUCUCGAUCGUUUUGCUCAAUUUUUUAUUAAACCCCUGAUGAAGAAAGAUGCCAUCAUACAGGAGCGAAAGGCCAUAGAAAGCGAGUUUCAAUUGGCUUUACCCAAUGACGAUAUCAGAAAGGCACAACUGAUGGCCUCUUUAGCGCGAAUUGGUCAUCCAGUCAACAAAUUUACUUGUGGCAAUUUAAUAACAUUGCGUGACAAUGUGGAUGAUGACAAAUUGUAUGAAGAGCUGCACAAGUUUAGAAAGCGCCAUUAUAGCGCUCAUAGAAUGAAGCUAGCUAUACAGGCGACGUUACCAUUGGAUACAUUAGAAAACUAUGUCACAAAGUGCUUUGCUGAUGUACCAAAUAACGGGCUGCCUCCUGAUAACUUUACCGCAUUUAAAGACGGUGUUUCUUUCGAUACUCCUACUUUCCGAAAAAUGUAUAAAGUUAAGCCUUUCAAUGAUACAAAUCAACUACAAAUAACAUGGGCUAUGCCUUCAGUACUUGAUUUUUGUAGAAGUAAACCAUGUGAAUAUAUCGCGUGGAUUAUUGAACAUAAAGGAAAAGGUUCUUUAAUUAGUUAUCUGCACAAAAAAAUGUGGGGAUUUAAUUUAUUUAGUUGUAGUCAUGAAAGUGAUUUUGAAAACAAUUCUAUGUACGCCUUAUUCAAGAUUAUUGUAGUGCUUUCCCGUGAAGGACAACAGCACUUGGAGGAAAUUUUAAAUGCAUUAUUUUCUUUUAUCAAUUUAUUAAAGAAGGAGGGUCCGCAGAAAAGAAUUUAUGACGAGAUUUGUACGAUUGAAGAAAAUGAUUUUAGAUUUUUAGGUCUGACGGAUAAUGUAGAGGAUUUGUGUAAGACGAUGCAUUUCUAUGUACCACACGAUUAUAUAACUGGGAACGGUAAUCUUUAUUUUGAGUAUAACCCAGAAGCUAUACAAAAAUGUUUAAAUUAUAUGUUGCCAGAGACCGCGAAUAUCAUGAUUUUCAACAAAGAUUUUGACUGUCCCGAAUUAAAUAAAGUCGAGCCGUGGUUUAAGACCAAAUAUACAGACAUUGAGAUACCAGAGAAAUGGAUCGAACGUUGGAAAUCUAUCGAGCCAUUGCCAGAUUUUAAUUUACCACUACCAAAUACAUUCAUUACCAGUGACUUCUCUUUAAUAUCGAUGCCAGCAGAGAUGCCAAAAUAUCCUAUACAAUUACACAAGGAUGAUAUAUCGGAGAUUUGGUAUGGCCCAUUUGAUUUGCCAAGAUGUUCUAUGAAUUUCCAUUUUGUUUCCUCUCUGGAACGACAGUCACUGAAGAAUGUAGCUCUCAUGAAAAUGUACUGCAAUGUAUUAAAAAUGCUAUUGAUCGAAGACUUGUAUCCAGCUUUAGCAGCUGGAUUCACUUAUGAUAUUUUUGUCGAUGAGGAAGGUAUCAUAAUAAAAUUAGAUGGGUUUAAUGAAAAACUACCUCUCUUAUUAAUGACUAUUGUAAGAUACAUGGUGGACUAUCCAACCCUUGUUACAAAGGAUUUAUUUGAAAUUGCCAAAGUACAAAAACUUGAAAUAUUGUACAACAAAUUUAGAGAACCUGAUAAACUUGUCAAGGAAGUGAAAUUACAGAAACUUAAUGUCUCCCAUUAUACAAACGUAGACAUGUACACUACUCUAUGUGAUGUUAAUUUUGAAGAAUUCCAAGACUUCGUAAAAUCCUUCACCAAUCAUUUGUUCAUUCAGUGCCUCGUGCAAGGCAACAUGACACAAGACGCUGUAAUUGAAACUGUACGACAAUGUAUCGAAUUAAUCAAUUGCGAUCCUUUGCCCUCUAGUACGUCGUCGCAGAUGAAAGUCACUCAGAUACCUUUGGGUACAUAUUACUGCAAGUUAAAAAAUAUCAAUAAUAGUGAUAUAAAUUCUGUAGUAACGAAUUAUUAUCAAGCCAGUGACACGUCGAUGGAGUUAUCAAUGUUAAUCGAACUGCUGGUUAUGAUAAUGAAAGGACCUUUAUGCAUUCAACUACGAAUUCAAGAACAGCUGGGUUAUAAUGUCUUGUGUGAUUUUGUAGAUUUCAAUUUAGGGUAUUCUAUUUCUGUUCACACUCAAGCAGAUAAACACACAACCGAACAUGUGGACCAGCGAAUCGAAGAAUUUCUGAAAUCGUUUAAUAAGAUUUUGGAAGAAUUCUCAGAAGAGAAAUUGGAUGAUGUAAAGGAAGCGCUAAUAACAUUGAAGCGAUCUGCCAAUUUCGUGUCUGUGAAAGAAAUAGUUGAGAGAAACUGGAAUGAGAUCAUAAGCUACAAAUACAUGUUUGACAGAUUUGAGAAGGAAACGCUUGCAAUAAAGAACAUAAAAAUCACUGAACUAAGAGAAUGGUUUGCAAAGCACACACUGAACGGAAGUAAUUUUAGAAAAUUGAGCGUACAUGUGAUAGGAACUGAUCCAAAGGAAAUUACGGUCAAGAAAGCAAAUAAUACUGCAGAGAAUUGCAAGAAAAUGAAUUUUUCUUUAGAAUAUAUAAUUGAUGAUCUGCAGCAUAAGAAAAUUGAAGAUGAUGUUACGAACGAAGAAGAUUAUAAGAACAAACUGUUAUUUGAAACUGUACCUCCUGCCUCUGUAGAGAAUAUGGUAGUACCUGCUUCCAAAUUGUCUGCGGAAGAAGGAAAAAUGUUAGUUCCUUCUCAGCAUACAGAAUCGGACAUAGAAUUGGAAUCAUUACAUUUCUCCGUUGAGCAUAGGCAAGAUCAGAAAAGAACACAAAGUAACAUUGAUGAAAACUUCGAAGAUCCAGAAAUUCCAUUAAAAAGGCAGCGAUGUAUUUCAAAAACGACACAUAUUUCAGAAUCUUCUGACAUUUCUAUCGAAACUUCGCAAUCUGCAUUGACAAGUAACGAGAUUUGGAAUUUAUUAGAAGUUUUGUGGCGUGACGAGCCGCGCGUCCAGUUCAGUCAACUUAUUCCAGAGGACACAUACACGAAGAGCGAUGCUACUAUCGCUUUCGAAAUACUUCUUGAAUUUCAUGCACAGAAGAAAAUCAUUUUGCAGCAGAUUGACAAUGAGCGCUUUAAGACUCUAUGGAUUUCAAAGUACAAGGAAAAUUAA